AUGGAGCUCACCCAGGAGGAGAUGGACUGCGUCAACUACGAUGCCCGGGAGGGCGAUCUCGACACUCUCAAGGAAAUCUUUGAGGAAAUCGGUGGAGCCAGUUUACUCACGAUUAAAGACGACAAUACCGGUGCUACACCCAUCCACAUGGCGGCAGGCAACGGCCACCUCGAAACCGUGGAAUACUUACUCAGUUUGGUGCUGAAAGACGAAGCGCAACAGCUUGUGUCUCAACAGAACGAACUGGGCAACACGGCGCUUCACUGGGCGGCAUUUGCGGGCCAUUUGCCGGUGGUGAAGGUGCUCAUUGAAACCUACAAAGCGGACCCGUUUGCGAAGAAUCUGUUGGGGCACGAUGCCAUUUACGAAGCCGAGGCUAAUAACCAAGAGGAAGUGGAAACGUGGUUGCUUCAGAACUUCGCUUUAGAGGAAACCAUUAAGGUUGAAGACCACGGCGAAGACACUAAGAUCACCUAUACUCCGGGCACUGAGUCAUACGAACAGGAUAAAUUGGCCCGAGAAGCUCAGGAAGAGGCUCAAGAAGACGCUCAAAAGAAGAAUGGAGACCUGACGACUAAGCUUGCGGAGGAGACAGAGAAAUUGACUGUUUCGGAAUAA